GUGGAAGGAUUGAAAAGUAGAAAGCUCCUAGAGUGUUGGAAAAAAAAUAAUUGGAGGUGUUAUCUCCCUUAAAACUCUACCUUAAUCAUAAUUGGUUUUGCUGUUAAAAAGUGAUUGGAAAAGUGUACUUUAGAUAGAGAAAAUCCUUCUUACUUUCUUCUUCGAGUGUGAAAUAGGUGAAGAAAUAUAAAAAUGGAGAAUACUGGUCCAAGGAAUUGGAGCAAAUUCUCUUUGCUCAUGUGGAAGAAUAUGCUUCUGAUGUGGCGACAUAAAUUCAAUACCAUCCUGGAAAUUCUUCUACCUGUUCUUAUGGCCUCACUUUUAGUUGUCAUUCGAAGUCUGUCUGAACCUGAAACCUAUCCUGAACCUUUGAGAUAUCAGAAACUUCCAUUGGACUACAUGGAGGCUUUUAGACCGAUUAAAAUUAGUUCUGAAAUCGAAGAACUCAUCACUAGAUUUUUAACUGCUAAUAUCAAAUCGAAGAAGUUUAAGAAAUAUAAUGCAAGCGAUUUUAUAGAUUUGGUAGACUGGAGGUUGGCCUACUCCCCAUCUCCCAGCCCUAUGGAUGCCCUAAUGGGUGAUGUAAGUCAAUUCUUGAAUGUUUCACUGACACCGUUGGAUAGUGCUGAAUCACUGAGUGACCUUAUGCAAAAUGCACCACGGCCUAGACCCUAUGCUGGAAUAGUUUUUCCUGAUGAAGCAGUUUCAUGGGGUGGUUUGCCUGAUCAUUUGGAUUUUACAAUACGUUUCCCUGCGGAAUUACGUUCAAGAACAAAUGCAGAUGAUGUUUUGAAUGGAAAUUGGAUGACUGGAAGACUUUUUCCAGAAUUUCAGUCAAUUGGACCAAGACAUAGGAAUGCUUCGAAUGGUGGAAUACCACCGGGAUACUACCAGGAAGGAUUUUCUGGACUUCAACAUGCUAUAUCUAUUAAAUUCAUCGAACGAAAGAAGACCAAUCCUAAUACGAUUAUACCUGAAAUUUUUCUUCAACGCUUUCCCUAUCCAGCUUUUACGAGGGAUGUUUUACUUGAAGUGAUUACUUUGAUCAUACCUUUCAUGAUUUUGGCCAGUUUUAUUAUUCCCUGCAUGAACAACGUCAAGUAUAUUACGGUUGAAAAGGAGAAACAACUUAAGGAAGUUAUGAAAAUUAUGGGUUUAUCCAAUUGGCUUCAUUGGACGGCGUGGUUCUGCAAAAUUAUGAUUUUUCUCAUGAUAUCAAUCACAAUGAUAACGAUUUUGUUGAAGGUAUCUUGGUAUCCAGAUACUUAUAUUGCCGUUUUUACACAUACACAAUGGACCAUUUUAUGGUUCUACCUCUUCAUUUACAGCAUUGCAACUGCAAUGUUCUGCUUCAUGAUGAGUACAUUCUUCUCCAAAGCUAAUACAGCUGCUGCUGUAGCUGGUCUUAUAUUCUUCAUCUUUUACGUGCCAUUCACCUUCACAGAACAAAAUUACGAUAUGCUAAGCUUGGCACAGAAAAUGUUAGUAUCCAUUUUUCACAAUACAGCCAUGAGCUUUGGCUUCCUCCUGAUGAUGAAGUUUGAAGGAACAAUGGAGGGCUUAAGAUGGAGUAAUCUCUUCACACCUGUUACCAUUGAUGAUGAUUUUACAGUUGGACAUACUAUGAUCAUGAUGAUUAUCAGUUCAUUUAUCUACUUGGGAAUUGCACUCUAUGUUGAAAAAGUUUUUCCCGGAGAAUUUGGAGUUCCUUCAAAGUGGUACUUUCUGUUUACAAAGAAAUUCUGGAUGGGUGAAGAAAGUUACCAUGGUGUUGAAGAUGUAGUUACGGCUCAGAAUAGCAAGUUCAUCGAACCAAAUCCAGUACGCAAGCAUGCAGGGAUUCAGGUGAAGGGCUUGAGGAAGGUGUUUGGGAACAAGAAAGUAGCUCUACAGGGGCUUACAAUGAGUAUGUUUGAUGAUGAGAUUACAGUUCUGUUGGGACACAAUGGAGCUGGAAAAACGACAUGUAUGUCAAUGUUAACUGGAAUGUUCCCACCAACAUCGGGUACUGCUAUUAUUAAUGGUCAUGAUAUUCGAAUGGAUAUCGAACAAGUUAGAAAUUCUCUAGGUCUCUGUCCUCAACAUAAUAUUCUCUUCGAUAGCCUAACCGUGAGGGAACACAUUGUAUUUUACAGUCGUUUGAAGGGUUUGGAUAAGAAGGAAGUUGAUGCCGAAGUGAAGAAAUAUGUGAAUAUCUUGGAAUUAGAAAAUAAAAUAAAUGCAAUGGCCAAAACUCUCUCAGGUGGUAUGAAACGAAAAUUAUCAGUCGGAAUGGCCCUGUGUGGAGGGUCAAAGGUGGUACUUUGUGAUGAACCUACCUCCGGAAUGGAUCCGUCUGCUCGAAGAGCCCUUUGGGAUCUACUGCAAGAGGAAAAGAAAGGACGUACAAUUCUUCUGUCGACGCAUUUUAUGGAUGAAGCUGACAUCCUAGGUGACCGUAUUGGUAUUCUCUACGAUGGAGAACUCAAGUGCUACGGAUCGUCAUUCUUCCUGAAGAAGACUUUCGGAAUGGGAUAUCAUUUGAUCUGCGUCAAGGGUCCUUACUGCAACACUAAUGAAAUCACAAAUCUCUUAGAUCGCUAUGUCCCAGGAAUUACAGUUGAAAACGAUAUUGGUACAGAAUUAUCCUAUCAAUUGCCAGAUAGUGCAGCCAAAAAGUUUCAGCCUAUGCUUAAGGAUUUGGAAGAACAUUCAGGAAAACUUGGUAUUGCAAGCUAUGGUAUUUCGCUGACGACGCUCGAUGAGGUAUUCAUGAGGGUCGGAUCAGACUAUAAUGCUUCAAAUGUGGAGAAUCAUGAAACCAAUGGGCAUACGCGUUUUCUGGAUCCUAAUAAUGAUUCUGCAGCUUCAUUGUAUUCUCGCAAUAGUCAUCUACUUAAUGGAGGGCCAUUGGCUAUCAAUCAAUUGCGUGCAAUGUUCAUGAAGAAGAUCUUUUAUACAAUUCGCAACUGGAUACUUUUUCUGCUUCAGGCUAUCAUUCCUCUUUGUUUUCUCGUAAUGAGUGUCCUUAUUGCAAGGACAUUUGCAGUGAAUUGGGUUUUGCCACCAAAAACCAUGUCCUUUGAACCUUAUGUUAACAAUCCGGUAACGAUAGUACAACGUAAUUAUUUUGUAGGACCUGACUCGGAGUUAGCAAUUGAGAUCUUCAAUCAAUAUGUGGGAUUGUUUGAAGAUCCUCCAACUGAAAGAACGCUUAUUCAAACAGAUCAAGAUAUGGAACUUAAAGCCUUGGAAGAGGCAGAGCGAAAUAUUGUGGCUUUCAACAGUAGAAACAUAGUUGGAGCAACAAUAUCAGGCAACGAAAUUAUUGCAUGGUUCAACAAUCAACCUCUACAUACGGUACCACUUAGCAUGGAUGUAGUCUACAAUGCUGUGCUGAGAGCAACCUGUGGUUCACAAUGUGGAAUUACUGUUACAAAUCAUCCAAUUCCCUUCACAUACGAAUCUAGAUUGAUUAUCCUGAGUGUUGGAAAUAACAUGGGUUUCCAAUUGGCCGUCAAUAUUACCUUUGCAAUGGCUUUCGUUGCGAGCUUCUUCAUUAUGUUCUAUAUCAAGGAACGCAUAUCUCGGGCUAAACUUCUACAGUUUGUAUCUGGUGUAAAUGUCUACAUAUUCUGGUUCACUUCCCUAAUCUGGGAUUACUUUAUAUUUCUGAUAACGGCCUGUUUGAUGAUAGCUACGCUUGCAGCCUUCCAGGAAGAAGGUUGGGCCACAGGUCCUGAACUAGGACGAGUGUAUCUCCUGUUGGCAUUCUUUGGAUUUGCUGUAUUACCAAUAAUUUACCUCUUCUCAUUCAUCUUCAAGAUAGCCUCUUCGGGUUUUACAAAUGCAGCCAUGUUGGGUAUCUUCACAGGAGUAGCCUUCUUCAAUGUUGUAUUUGUACUCCGAAUCGAAUCACUUGAACUAACUCACGUUGCUGACGGAAUGACCUGGGCCUUUCUACUAUUUCCCCAUUUUGCCCUCUCAAAUGGACUUAGCAACCUCAAUGUCCUAAAUACAAUGAUUCCAUUCUGCAAUUCAAUACCAUCUUGCAACUGGCCUUCUGAACAAUGUUGUUUCCCAGGAGUACCUACAGCUUGCUGCGUCAAUGGAUACUUUGACUUUCAAGAUCCGGGAAUUGGCAGAGAUCUCACCUACAUGGCUUUAGUGGGUGUUAUAAUGUUCGUGGUCUUACUGCUGAAAGAGACUAGGGUUUUAGAAGGAAUAUUUUAUCGUGGGAAGAAAGUCCUUAUGAAUCCAAUUCCCGAAACUGAAGAGGAAGGAGGUUUGCUGGAUGAUGAUGUGCGAGUUGAAAAGGAACGUGUUAGAGAAAUGAGCCUUACUGAUAUAGAGAAACACAAUCUCGUCUUGAAAGAUAUGACCAAGUAUUACGGGAAAUUCUUGGCUGUUAACCAGUUAUGCGUGGGCGUAGAAUCGGGCACAUGCUUCGGACUUCUUGGAGUCAACGGUGCAGGAAAGACCUCAACUUUCAAGAUGCUAACUGGGGAUGAGAUUAUAUCUUCUGGGGAAGCUUGGGUGCGAGGAAUCAGUAUUAAAAGUGACAUGAAAUCCGUCCAUCAAAUUAUCGGCUACUGUCCGCAGUUCGAUGCACUCCUUGAUGAUCUAACUGGUCGAGAGACAAUGCAGAUAUUCUGCCUUUUGAGAGGAAUUCCAAAUCAUCAGAUACAUGGACUCAGUGUUCAUCUGGCUAGGGAGCUAAACUUCAUGCAACACAUAGAUAAGAAAGUCAAGGAAUACAGCGGUGGUAACAAGAGAAAACUCUCCACUGCAGUAUCCUUGAUUGGGAAUCCGUCCGUUGUAUAUCUUGAUGAACCUACAACAGGAAUGGAUCCAGGAGCUAAGAGACAUCUCUGGAAUAUCGUAUGCAAACAACGAGAUUCAGGCAAGAGUAUUAUCCUAACGUCUCACAGUAUGGAGGAAUGUGAGGCCCUCUGUUCAAGAUUGGCCAUCAUGGUGAAUGGUGAAUUCAAGUGCCUGGGAAGUACUCAACAUCUCAAGAAUAAAUUCUCCAAGGGAUACAUCCUAGUUAUUCAACUUAAGAGGGACUUUGAAGAUAGAUUGCGACAAAUUGACCAUGGUGAACAGGUUGGACAUAAAAAAAUCCGAAGAGGAUUUAUGAAAAGUUUUUCAGUUUUGGAGGAAGCUAGUGGAUCUUCUGCAUCUUCUGACAUUGACAAUCCAGAAGGUGAGAUUAGGGAAGCUAUUCAGAAGAUUAAGGAUUACGUUUUGAGGCAUUUUACAACCGCGAUACUCAGGGAAGCACAUCAAGGCAGAUUGACGUACUAUAUUCCCACCACAAAUCUCACGUGGUCCACAAUGUUUGGUCUCAUGGAGAAUGCCAAGGAGAACCUCAAAAUUGAGAGUUAUUCCCUGAGUCAGACGAGCCUGGAGCAGGUAUUCCUUUCGUUCACGAAGAAGCAACGCGAAGAGAGUGCCGAUUCGAGCUAGGGCAGGUCUGCCGGAAGUGUUAGAGGGAGUCAUUGACAAAUGUUGCCAUAAAACAUUAAAUUGACAAAAUCAAGUGAUUUUUUCUACAGAAUUGUAUUCUUUUAGCUGUGAAAUAUACGACAAAUUACAA